UUAUCCAAAUGUCCAACAAACAUACACUUCGGCGCAAUUCCGAUAAUCCUUCCAUCGUCAUAAACAUCUUCAUUACAGAACCAAUAAUAGUGUAAAACAAUAGUUUAAAAGUGCUAGAUAACAAAGUAAGUGACAAAACAAAGACGUAAGUGACUUAAGUGUUAAAAUGUUAAGUGAUUGUAUGCAAAGAGGGCGAUAAGAGAUAGGGUAUUGUGGACAAGGGGAUAGUGGUCAGUCGCCAUGAUGCUUUAUAUGACUAAGGCUGAGGAGGUGCCUGUGAAGCGGCCUCCACGGAGGAGGUACAUCAGUGCUAAUAUCAAGCGGCACCACGCCGGCAUCUCGCAGUCGUCAUGCAGCGACGGCUCCCUACUGAGCGUCGGCUCCUCCGAGAUAGACGAGGACAGCAGCAGCGGCCACCACCACUCGCACGACCACUCGCGGAGCGACCACUCAGACUUCUACAACUCAUCUGAACCACCAACGGGGGUGGCGCCACUGUCGCAUUCGGCUGCCAAACACAAAAUGGCGGUGCGUCCGCGGCGCACACAUGGCGCGCCCAGGCGGAAGAAAAACAACCCAAUAGCCGCAUCAGCCUUGCCAAUAACGCCCGAACUGAACGAAGAAGUGAUACGAAGCACUACUCCUGAAGUCAGCCACAAAACCUCAGAAGUCGUUACUGAAUCAUUCUCUUCAUCGACCACUACGAAGCAUACAGUCAAGCAGUCAGAGCAGUCGCCCUCCCGGGACUCGCGGUCCAGCGACGCCAAGCUCAAGUCGUCCUCGCUUCCCCCAGGGCUGGCCCUCCACGCUCCCGCGCGUCUGUCCCUCGCCAGGGCCUCCGUCAAGCGGUCCCAGUCCGGCGCCGCAGACCCCGCCCCCGAAGACAGACCGCCCAAGUACCGGGACAAAACAGAAUGCCCCGAGAAAAAGUCCAAAUCCGAAAAGAAAAUCGAGAACGAAGUCAUCAAGUCCACCAAAAAAGAAGAGUCGUUCUUCAGCAGAUUGUUGCUACGGAAGAGCGGUAAGAAACCAAAGAAGGACCAGACUGAUGGGGAGCAGGAUGUUAAGAGAUCCAAGAUGGAGAAAGCGAAUGCGCUGUACAAACCUGUUGAUGCAGAGAGAGGUUUCGCCUUCGGGGAGGGAUAUCGACCAGUUCCCGCUGAAAGGACUCACAAGACCGCCGGCCAGAAGGCUUUCGCUAACCAGAUGCAUAAACGCCUGGACAAUAAAGGUGGCUACGUCCACGACGGUGCUUAUAAAGACGUCUACAGCGCAGCCAAGGUCCCCGGCGUAGAAUACGACAUCACAGAUCUCAAGGUCGCGGAAGAAACCGACAAAAUGCUCAAUAUGAAUAUGAGGAACCCGUACAGAAGAGAUGAGUUAGAUCGCCCGAAGCGGACGCCCUCUAAAGAGGCCAUCGACGAAACUAAAAGGGAAUCCUUCAACUUACACCACGAUAAAUCCAAAAGGCCGCUGUCCGUGCAACGGCUGAUAGACCCUACAAAAGCCUUUAUUGCUAACGAAGUAGCCACUCGCGCGCAGGAAGAGUUGGUGUCUCCGACUCUUGUGAUCUCAGAUGAAGAGCCUCCGACCAGGGCGAUGAGGAUCAAGACUGCUCACAGCGACUAUAGUUUCCACAGCGGGAGUAUGCCCAAGAACAUCCCAUACUUCAAUCCGGGACUGGUCGUGUCUGCUUCUCCGCCGAAAGCCUUGCGUCAUCAGAGCUCAGAGAACAUCAGAAACCGCUCGUCGGAACACGUUUCCGAAUUCGCUGAAAAGGUGGAAACUAAACGGACUUCGAAGACUGACGAGUGUUUUGUCAGCUCGGGACUGAGAUCUCUCGGGGAUGAGUAUGUGGAAAGCCGCAGCAGCAUCGGCAAGUCCCACAGCUUCCGGUACGCGUCUGAAACGACAUCUCUCAGCUCGCAGGAGAACCAGAUGCCGAGUCUGCCGGCCAUAGUCGGGAUAUCCGAGCCCCUUCUGGAAAGCUGGGAGGUCAACUACAGGCGAAACGUUAGCGACAGACACGACUUCUCCAAAAGAGUGUCCGCACGAAACUACAACAUAAUGCAUGGGACUGCUGAAGCCACUUACGACAGCCUUCCCAGCACGGACAGCAGUUAUCUGGACAGCCUCAAAACUGACGUCAACGAAGACCGAAAGCUGUUUACCAACAGCAUCCACAUCACAGUCGAUAGCCACAAGCGAGACAGCGACAUAUCGCAGAUUGAGGCCAAAAUCGAUGACAUAAUCAGCUCACCCAAGCCCAUUAUUGCCCCAAUACUCAAGUCUAGUUCAUUAGAUAGCGUUAAGAGCAGUCCCGAGAGACCAGCGGAUGACAGAAGAAAGACCAUUUCGGUCGAGAGCGCUUUAAGCCACGGUGGAAAGGUCGGAAACAUCCAGAAGGAAAUCAAGCAGGACACAGAAAGCUUUGUGUCAGUGACUCAUAUCAAUAAGGAGCAGACUCCGGUGCUGAACAAAAACGCUGAUGUUUCGAAAGGGAAAAGUGAGGAGAAAGUUCAUAAAACCGGCACCAAACCGGGUGUGCCGGAGUUUCUCAACAUUCAGCUGAACAAAGUAGAUGCAAAACCCGCGACUAACAUCGUGCUAACAGCCAACGUAACGCCAAAGAAACCAGAUAGUCCCCCAGCCGAUAAGGAACAAGAAACAGAGGCAGUCCAGCCUACUGAAACUAAGCCUAAAAGCGUCCCGGUCCGAAAGGAAUCUGUGACCAGCAAGACUGACGUCGUCGUCGAAAAUACUCAAGAGGAGAAACCUGCUUCUCCUGCAUUUAUUAAAAAAUCGGUUCCACCGGUCACUCCGCAGAGUCCUUCCACGCCCAAAAACUUCUUCAAAAGGAAAGCGACCAGCGUCGAAUUACAGGACAGGCCAGAAAAGCCGCGAACCAACUCGAUGAGUACCGAUGGAAGUACGGAGAGGAUCUACGACAAUAUUUCUAUGGACCAAAAAUCUCAUUCGAGUUUUGGGAGUAAGAGUUCCAUUCAGAGCACGGACAGCAACGAGGUCCGGACUCCAGAUAGGCAGGAGGAGGCCGUCAUAUAUCGCAAGAAGCCUGUUAUAUUGGCAAAGGAGUUCCGCAGCAGCGAAAGGCGGAACGACGACGAGCCUGAGCUGAUGAAAGUGUUCGCGCGCCGAUCUCUGAAGCUAAAAGACUCCGAAGCGGACAACCUAGCUCAGGAAAUCGCCGAAUCUAAAGAGGCCAAAGACGCGAAGGACGAGAUCAACGACAACAUCACAGCGACCAGAUCGAAAAUACUCAAGAACGAAUUCAACGCGUCAAUUAAAUCCCGGGACAGCGAUAAAGAAAACGAGGACCUAUCGAAGGAGCAAACUGAGGAAAAACGGAUCGUCGACAUCGCCGCGCGAGUCAGUCAGUUCGGAGUGCCUCACUAUCAAAGAAGCGUCAGCAUAAACAGCGUGUCGAACCCUAAAAGGGAAUCCGCUCCCGUCUACCGGAGCGAGGUCAACAAAUACAAGAAGGAGGUGUCAGAUUCGACGCCGGAGAAGCGUUUGCGGAACAGGACGUUUCCCGAUCCAUCGAACGACAGAGAGGAUAUAAAGAGUAUAACGAAGAGUGAGGCGAUGGCGUACAAAGCUGAUACUUUGAGGGUGUGGCAGAGGCGGGAGGGGGAGUCGCGGGAGACAGGGGGGCGAGGGGAUGGGAGGGGGGAGGCGGUGGGAGAAGGGGGGAGGGAGGGGGAGGCGCCGGCCUUCCGCGGCAUCGUGCAGAUGCGAGCCGAGUGGGAGCGCCGCGCGCAGGGGAUGACCAAAUAAACUGGUGCUAGUUUCAAGGAAGUUGAGAGUACCAUGCUGUAUACAACUUGUAAUGUUAUUAUAGUGAUAAAUCUAGUUUAGCGACAAACAGACGUUUUCUAAAACUUAUGUUAUUAUUAACUACUCUAUAAAAUUUAUCUAAACUGUUAAGACCAUGUAUUUUUGAGUGUUACUUAU